CAGAUCGAGCCCGGCCCGGGUGCAAGAAGAGAAGAGGCCGAGCGCGACGCUCUCCCAGCCGCGCCCGUGAGAGCCAACAGGAUGGUCGCCUCCUCCCCGCCCAGGUCGCCGUUGACGCGGAGGACGCACGCCGCCAGGAGCGGCAGCCGCAGCCGGACGGCGUCCUCGUCUCCUCCGCCGAGGACGGCGUCGUCGUCGGGGGAGGCGGGCACGGCGCCGGCCGCCGGGCUCGGCAUGUCCUUCCUGGCGCCGCCGCCGCCCUUCAUGGGGGGGCUGCACCCGGGCGCCGGCGACGAGGUCGGGGUGCGCCAGCGGUCGACCAGCUUCACCCGCGCCGAGGAGAUCCGCGAGCAGCAGGCCAAGGAGUACAAGUCACGCUGCGACCGGCCAUGUCACCGUCCAAGGGACUCUCUGUUUUCAUGGUCCUCAGGCUUCGACAACUUUGCUGGGCUUGUCAAUUGGGGAUUUCUCCUCCUUUUCAUGGGUAGCAUGCGCUUGCUCCUUGAAAAUUUCAUUAAGUAUGGAAUUCGAGUCAACCCAAAACAGUGGUUGGAACUAGUCACUGGAGAUGGAGGUCCAGAAAAUGAUACAAUUCUUAUGAUUCUUUAUUCCAUUGUACCAGUAGUAAUUUGUUUACUGGUAGAAAAAGGUCUUGCUGCUGGUAUCCUCACAUCAAAAUUUGGUCUUACCACUCAUGUUGUUAAUCUACUCAUCCACAUAUUGCUACCAAUGGUUGUUGUUCAUACCAAGACAAAAGCCUUCAGCCUCAUUGCUGCCUCAUCCAUAUGUAUGCUCUAUAGUGUCUUGUUUCUUAAACUUUGGUCAUAUGUUCAAGUCAAUAUGUGGUGCCGUAAUUCUCGACUGCUGACUGCAAGCAAAGCUCAUCAGAGACGACAGUCUAUAUCAGUGGGCAAACUAGCUAUUCAAGGUAAUCAAGGAAAAGGUCAAAAUGGUGUUGGAGACAAAAGUUCAAAGAAAGAAUCAGAGCUUGGAUCCACAAAACCUGUGCAAUACCCAGAUAAUCUCAGUUUACGUGACCUUUACUAUUUUAUUUUGGCCCCAACUCUUUGCUAUGAAUUGAACUUCCCCCGAACCACUCGUAUCAGGAAAAGAUUUUUGAUUAAGAGACUGCUUGAAGUUGUGAUUGGUAUUCAAGUUAUGAUGAGUCUGUUUCAACAGUGGAUUAUACCCUCUGUUAAAAAUUCCCUUAUUCCUUUUUCUAAUAUGGACCUUGCCAAGGCAGUGGAACGAUUAUUAAAACUUGCAAUCCCAAAUCAUUUGGUGUGGCUUUGUUUCUUCUACCUGACCUUCCAUGCAUGGCUCAAUCUUCUUGGAGAACUUCUGCAUUUUGCCGAUCGCAACUUUUACUUAGACUGGUGGAACUCAAACAAUAUCGACACUUUCUGGCGCAGUUGGAACAUGCCAGUCCAUCGUUGGGCUGUGAGACAUCUGUACAUUCCUCUAAUUGAGGCUGGAUACACACGUGUUAUUGCGACUACGUCUGUGUUCUUUAUCAGUGCAUUUUUCCAUGAGUACCUUGUCAGUGUUCCUCUGCGCACCUUCAAGACAUGGGCAUUCAUGGGAAUGAUGGGACAGGUACCACUGUCACUUAUGUCUCGUUGGGUGGAGAAGCGGCUCGGUCCAAGAUGGGGUAAUAUGACUGUCUGGGCGUCUUUGAUUCUUGGCCAACCUCUCUGUAUCAUGAUGUACUAUCACGACUAUGUUGUUACCCAUUUUGGAGAAGCACUCAUUGACAGCUAUGGCCAUGUUUAGAAAAUAGUAUUCCUUAUACACAAAUUAUGCAUGAAGUGGUGCACAAAAGCUCACUGGGGGUUUCAGCUCCCCAGGCGUUUUAUGUGUCCUGUGUUUAACAAAAACUAUUCUGCCUGGAAAUCAUGCCAGAUCCGUGUCCAUGUUUGUUGCUCUCUGUCUCAAAAUGGAAAGAAGAAUAUCUUUGUGAUAAGCUGUUAUUGUUUUUAUAAUCUAUCUAUUAUAUUUUAUGAUGAGUUGUUGUGUAUGCAUUUUAAAUGUGCCAUUUGAGUUGUGAUAGAAAAUUUAAAUUUUGUAAGAUGAUUUUGUGCUUUUAAAUUUAAAUGCCCAUUCUUGGUCAAAGUACAAAUGUGUGAAUGUGUUCUGUUAAAUACUUUGUUCUGCAACUUUUAAACCAUUGCUUUCAUUGGAAUUUUCCAUGAUAUGGAAGCAGACUGGACUCUUAGCCAUACUUUAGAAUGAAGAUGCUUUGUGAAGCUGAUGAACAACAAUAGUUUCAAAUUUAGCAAUGUGUUCAAAAGACAUUCAUCUCUUCAUUUAUUACAUUUUUAAGCAAGUUUUCUAUUUUCUAGUAUAGUUUUAAUGUAAAACUCACACGUUAUGAAGUUAUUUCAAGUACUUACUAUAGUAUUUGACUAUAGUAUUGUUUCUAAUGUAUGGUGGUAGCUUAGCAGCACAUCUGGGAUAUUACAGUGGAUAUUACUUGUUAUUUGUAGAACUUCUUGAUUCUUACAUAAUGCUCAGUAUUACACCUCUACUUGUACUACUGGAAUGUCAGUAAUAAUUCUUUAGAGUUGUUGGAGUGGCUGUAUUUCUACUUUCUUAUUGAAACAUUUAAUAGAUCUCCUCUUUACCUUUA